AGGUUUGUGAAGGUUUCGGCGCGACAGCACGCUCGAACACGCUCAACGUCAACUUCGGUAAACAACAUCAAUGGCUCAGUAUCAACAUCCUGUCCAGCAACAGCCAGGUAUUCCUGCAGUUAUCUGAUGCUUAACUCGCAAACUAAACGACUUUUUAUAAGGAAAAACUGAAAUCGCCACGACUGGCGAAUUCGCACGUACAGUGUGGUCACUGAUUUCACGCUUUUGAUUUCAGGGCUUUUAGCUGGUAUAGGACAUUUAGUGUACUCCUGAAGAGCUGAAAAUUAACUGCCCUUUUUGCUGGGGUAGACUAAAGUGUUGAAUCGCCUGUAUCUACAGGAUAAUUCAACACACUAGAACGUAUAGCUAGCAGCAUAGCCUACUGUAUAAUAUUAACUCUGGCUAUUUUGGGGUUUGAUAUCAGACUGUCGGCAUAAAUUAAGCUUUAUAAUAAAUCUGUGCAAGUGUUGAAUCGUUCGUUUAUGACAAUUCAGCGCACUAAAACAGCAAAAACCAAACGACAAGUCGCACAUUAAAAUGCUCUGCUUUUCGAUUGUUUAUAAUUUGAAAUAGCUGGCUACGAAUGUACAUAAUGCGUGUAAUGUUUACAAAAUUAUGUUAUGUAGGGCUCCUUAGUAUUCUGAAUAUUCAUAAGCUCUAAAGCGGAAUUUCCUAGAGGCUAAAAGGCUUUUUAAUACCUUGGUUUUUCAUUGCAGGAGAAAUUGACCUACCAUAACAAAUUUAUUGUUAUUUGAUAAUUUGCUUUAAGUCCUAUGUUACUAAAUAAUUUUCUAGAUUAAGUCAAAUCAACGCAGCUGUCAGGAAUGCUAUCCAGAUGUCAAAGAUGAAUUUUAGUUCGAACAGGAUCUUAAGAAUUGGUGGAAUUAGCAGAAUUUAAAUGGCCAUAGUUAUGGAACUUGCCAAGUCUCACCACUUUGUCGGGAAUCUGAUGGUUUUACGACCUAUUUCAAGCUCUCAUGAGUUAUCAUGCUUUAACGAAAAGUCCAACUCCAAAAGAAUUUUGGAGUUGUAGGGUUUAUAUUUCCAAGUUAGAUAUCAAUACAUAGCCAGCUCAAUCCCAAAAAAUCGCUUAGCAGUCACAUUUAAUUACAUUCUUUUAGCCUACCGCAACUUGCUGCUACCACCAAAUGUGCAGACUCUCUUGUUUCAAGAUGGCCGCCAACAAAACAUAGAAAUUACAAAACCUAAAUUGUAAAAUUGAUUGUGAUGUUUACUGCUGCAGCUUUGAAGUGAUGUGUGACUUCCAAUUACCUAUAAUCCCCACUGGAAGUCCUUUCUGCAGGAAAUUUGGGACAUCUCAUGACUUUCUCACCAGUUUUCCCAGCUCUAGGUUCAGGAGUCUCACAUAUUUUCAAUUUUGCCUUUUGGGGGUUGGCAAGUCUGGGUAAUUGUCAUGAAUUUUUCAGAAAAUGAUAAAAUGGAUACUUACACAUACCUUGUCUUUUUGAUAGGAGAUUAUUCGGUCAAGGUUUAAUAAGUUUCACAUACUUGGCUAAAAGAACAAGGAAUUUUCACACCAAAUAUUUUCCUUGUUUGAAUGCAAACAAUACUUGAAAGUGAUUAGGAUAUUUGUUGAGUUGUUUCAUGGCUUUAGUUCAUAUCAAAAUUACUUGUAUCAAAGUGACUUUAAGUGUCAAAACCAUGCUUCAGGUUUCCACCUUAAGGCCACUUGAAAGAGAGUGAAAAUAAGUUAGAGUGAAAAAUUAAUUUUGCCAUAUAGCUUGGUCUAAGAACAAAAUAUUGUGCUGGGAAAUUUUGAAACAUGUUGAGCUACAUAUUUAUGUGUGGCAAAAAGGGUGUCUUUAUGGCAAAUUGUGCCAUUUCUCUACUGGCCUACAAAUUUAAUAGCUUUGUAAGAAAUUAAUUCGAUCAGUAUUUGGUAACUAGAGAUAGAGACUUGAUGGUUUUAAGUUGACCAUGCUUGGUCUACUGAAUGGUCCUGACUACAACAAAGAAAUAGCGAUAUGUACAUAAAAGCGGUAAACACAAGUUAUUUUUUAGGUAGAUUUGAAGAAACUCAAUACCUGUCCAUAAAAAAUAUGCAAGGAAAGCAACAAGUGUUUCAUCUCGUAAAAUAAAAUGUAUGGGCAAAGCCAGGGCAGGUUACUGGAGGUUAUGAAACUACCCCAUCUUCUUCAGGCUAUGAUAGUUUUUUUAUGAGAAAAAAAAAAAGCACCGAAAGGCCCCCACUUUCUGCCAGAUUACAUUCUGUAAGUCAAUCUUUGCUGUUCAAAAGAUGUUAUUCAGGCAAUAACUCUUGCAGGUGUUCCUGCUCAAAUGAAUUGGAUGCCGGCUCCUCAGGCACCAAUGGGUUGCCCUCCUGGACUGGAGUAUUUAACUGCCAUUGAUCAAGUGCUUGUGCAACAGCAAAUCGAGCUUUUAGAAGGUAUGUUGUUCAUGUAUUCUUCUUACCUAAACAACUUACAGUAGUUUGUAGUUUAUGCUUAGUAAUAUCCUGUUGUUCAGUUUUAUCCUUGGUUUAAUUUUAAUUUUUUCUUGUUUCAAUUUCUUUAUCACACACAUUAUUAUACCCAAAAACAAUUAAGGAAAAUAAAAUUCAAACCAAGGAAAACAACAUAGACCACAAUAUCAUGGUACCUGUACAUAACUCAUGGUCAAAAGUCAGCCAGCAAGUAAUAGCCCAAAAGUCGUUCUGACUAGCCCGAAUAAAAUUCGAUCCUGAUGAGCAGAACUGAUUAAAGUUCAUCUGUAAUUUGAAUUCCCCCACAAAAACUUCACUAUUGGGCAAGUUAAGAAAAGAAUUCACUUAGUCUUAUAGCAGUAUCCACUAACCAUGGUGUUGUCGUCGUUUUGCUGUUCUUCAAGAUUCAUUUGAUUCUCAGUGUCAGUAUUUUAAAAAUUCAAGUUAAUUAGCAUUCACUCGUCGAAAUCGGGCUUGCCUCUUUUCCCUUCUACAUUUUGAGGAUUAAUAGAAUGAUUCGCCUGAAAAAGGAAAAAGCCAAAUAUCCUGAUGAGAAAUUCGCUCAAAGGAUCUCGAAAAAACUACUUACACUAGCGUGAAUUGUCUCCGGGUCUUCGGUUUCUAAAUCUGAAUUCUUCUGUUCAUAUAAACUGCUAGCUCAAAACUGAAUUUUAAAACAUAGCACUCGAAUGCAAAAAUACCCUUAGGGAAUUUGGGGGACGUGUUGUUAUUGGCAAUGGACUUAAUUUAUAACACAUAGGGCUAUUGGACACUACUUUCUUUGCGUGCUUAUGGCUGUGUAAAAUAAUAUAUUUUUGAAACUUAUGGUUUUCUGUUCAAAUAAAGAUCAAAAUCUAUCGCCAGGAGAAAAAUGAGCUUUUUUUACUUUUCGCAUGCUGAUACCCUGAAAAUGUAGCCUCUGCUCGCAGUAUAAAACAAAGGCGAAACAGGUAAAAAGACGUGGAGGACAAGUUUAUUCUUUUAGCUUGAGUUUUACUUAGCAUAAUUUAUGACCUUUUUCUAUAUUUAAAGCUUUCGUGGGAUUUGAGACCAACAACAAGUACAAGAUAUGUAAUUCCAUGGGUCAACAAGUCUACUUUGCUGCUGAAGGUAUGUUGAAUAAGUCAAGCAAUAUAUUAAUGUCUAGCUUGGGACCAGGCUUCGCAUUGUGGGAAGAAGGAGCAAAAAUCAGCAUUGGAUACCAUUCGUCUCACUUCGCUCGCCGAUAGUUUUCCGGUUUUUUGCCUUUUUCUCUCUCUGCGGAGCCCGGUUCCAGGCUACUUAAUGUCAUGUUUUGUUUGUUUGUUUUUUAAGAACUCUUUACAGCUGUAGCAAUUAUAUUGACAUAAGGUAUAAUGGCUAUGUGUAUGUACAUGCUUACAUAAAAAUAAUUAUACUCACGUAUCUUCAGACACCGACUGCUGUACUCGGCAAUGUUGUGGCCCUGGUCGUCCAUUUGAGAUGAAAAUUUUAGACAACAUGCAAAGAGAAGUCAUACACUUGUCCCGACCCCUCCGUUGCCAGUGUUGCUGUUGUCCUUGCUGUCUUCAGGAAAUAGAAGUCCAGUCCCCACCCGGGACAGUCAUUGGAUACGUGGAGCAAAAGUGAGCUAUUUAAACUGAGAUCCAGAUACAGUAAAACUAUAACGAAAACUGUGAACACCUGAAAAAUUUCAGUUAUGUUGAUUGUGUAGUGACCAAAUUACUAUAUAAAGUUCAGGAUAACAUGCCAGUAAACCUUAAAACCACAAACUAAUUACUCUUGCUGUUUAAUGCAGGUUAGUUGUGUUGUGCGCUAGUGGCUUUUACCUCGCAACAUAUCAUAAAAAUUUCUGGUAUGUGAGUUUCACAAUAAGUGUGUUCCCAUAGGCCAAGAUCUAGUCUGGUAUUUAAAAUUACAAGUAGUACUAAAAAUUAAUUGAAGUGAGUAAUGCUAGUAUAAACAACUGCAUUUUAGAAUUGAGCUUCAGGAAGUUGACAGACUAUAUCCUGUAACUCUUCAGACUUUGAAAGAAAUAAGUUUCGGCUGUUGUGGCAUGAUGUUACAAACAAAGGAAUAAUUAUUCGUCAUUGCCCGCGUGCAAAGAAAGUAGUGUCUGAUAGCCCGGGGCUAGUGGAUUUUGCUAUCGGGCUAGUGAAUUCUGUUUUUAGCUUGCCCGACGGGCAAGUGAUAUCUUUUGAGGAAUUUGAAUAACAGAAGAACUGUGAAAUCAAUUCUGGUAGUCAAAAAGUUUUUGGAGCUAGUUGAAAUGACGUCUGGGCUAGUAAAUGCUAGCUUUAGCUUGCCCGAAUGGCAAGCUGUAAAAAUGAUUUUCUUUGCGCCCUGAUUGCCAACAUGCAGUUUCUUGAAAUUUAUCCAGAGUUUUUUGAACCCAUAGAUCUGGAUCCCAUCAUUAUAGCGAUGCCUGCUGUUACACAUGCAUUUGGGUCCUCCUUUUUUGAGGCUGCAAUUUUUUUUUUUGCAUUGGGGGAAGCAUUAGCCUGAUUAUGGUUCAUUGCCAGUAGUCAAUCAUGAAUGUUACGGUCUUGUGGUUCUUGCAUGAAAGGAGGUGGUUUUCAUGGCCAAUAUUUUUUACCCUGGCUGGCCAGUCAUUUAGGAAAACAUAUUUUGAUCAGUCUGGAGAAUUAAUUGCAUGUAGAUAUUGAGGCUCACCAUUUUAAUUAAUUAAUCUAUUUAUUUGUUUAAAUCAGGUGGACGUUGUGGAAAGCAAAGUUAGAAGUGCAAGAUGCGCAACGUCAGCACAUUAUGACGAUCAAUGGACCUUGCUGUCCUUGCAGCUGUGGCUCUGAUGUGGAAUUUCCUGUGAGUUGUUAGGUCAAAGAAAUAACUCUAUCAUUGAAAUAAUGUUAAAUUUUGUUUGCCACUGACUAUUUGUACAGUUGAUUAAAACUUGUUGGUAAUAACUUAAUCUUUAAGUCCCAAUACAGGGCUGUGCUCUAGCAGAGCCCGGUGGCCCCUGGCGCCUAACUUUUGCCCUCAGACGACCAGAAAAUCUCAGAUUUUUCAUACAAAUCAUAUGCUGGGCACCCUAGAUUUUACAGUUUCAGAGCACAAAGGGAAAAUUUUCUCAACUAAUUAGUAUAGGUAACAGCAUGAUUUGCAGUGAUAUUUGGCAUAAAUACCACGAGUGAUAUUUCAAAAUUGUUCUACGUAAUUUCACGAGCUGUUAGGUGAGUGAAAUUUGAGACAAUUUUGAAAUAUCACAAGUGGUAUUUAUGCCAAAUAUCACGUACAAAUCAUGCUAUUAUUUGUUUAUACUACUACCCACAAAAUGGUUGUAAUUUUCACAUGUAGGUAUUUCAAAUUAAGCUGAAAUAUUACUGCUCUAAGCCAAUCAAAUUGCAGAAAUUUCUCAUGUAGUAGUAUAGUACAGUAUAUACAGUGUACUCACUCGGGUGUAUUUAUUCUGGAAAUUCUCGAGAACACUUGUUGAAGAAAAGGGGGUCAUUAUUUCAUCUGAAAUAAAAAUAUUUCUUCUCUACCUGGCAAUACUUUUUCCUUGAUUUUAAUUAAAAUUAAUUUUGCCACCUUUCUUGGAAAAAAGAAGCUUACAAAGUGUUAACAAACUUUAUUCAACCUCUGGGUGACAUAGAGACUUUAUAUGACUGCAAAUUGGUGAAGAUAUCUGCACUGUCUUGGGCUUCAUCAGCUUCAUCCACUAUGGAAAAAACCUUUCUUCCAACAAGCCUUCGCUUUAAAGAAGCACAGUUUCUUCUAAAUAUUAUUCGGUCUCAAACAUUUGUUAGAAUUUGGCAUGGUAUCCAGAAAAUCGGGAAACUGAAACUCAAUAUUUCAGUGGAGCACUAAGUUAAAUGAUUUCUACUUUGUGUACUAAUUAUAUUUUAAAUACGUUUUGUCGUUUUACAUUAGGUCAGUUCUGCUGAUGGCAGCAGUCAGAUUGGAAUGAUUUCCAAGCAAUGGUCUGGUUUUGCGCGAGAAUUUUUCACAGAUGCGGAGAAUUUUGGCAUUCGAUGUAAGGAAUGUUACCUACAAAUAUUAUCAAAAUAAGUCGUAUAAAUGCUUUACAUGAUAGAACCUUUAGUUGACUCAGUGGACAUCUGCCAAUUACGUUUCUUUACACAUUCUGCCCAAGAAGUUAUACGACAGUGUACAGUGUAUGUGGAAUACUGUGACGGUACAAAUAACGUGUUCCACACUAAACAAGUUACAUGUACAAGCAGUGUUAGUUUCUUGUUUGUUUUCUUUUCCUGGGAAAGCCUAAGUCACUAUUAAGCUUAGACACCAUGUCAAAAAUAUAAAAAAUGGGUGAAGGGGAAAUGAUGUUAUUCGACACGUGCGAACGCUAGGAGCACACGAAAAAAAAAAACAAACAAACAAAAACAGGGAGAUCGUUUCCUGUCCCAUUACAGCGCGUUAAGUGACGCCUAUUGUUCUAGUUAGAUUCAGUACUUUUUCCAGCCUUUUUUUCUCGUAUUUAUAUUUGAUGAAUGCGUCAGGUGUGCUAGUGCAUGGUAUCACUCCGUACCCCAACAGUAGCCUUGGGGCGAAAAACGCAGCGUUUUCCUUCCCUCACCCCACCCUCUGAGAACUUACUUACAGGCUACCUGUCUCCCCCCUUGCUGUUGUUUUGCUUCUUAUUUGUCGCGUUCCCUCCAGUUUGCGUUGAGAUGAUAUGAGCUUUGAGAUCCAACGACGCGACGGCAAUGAGAACGUCGCUUAAAAAAGGAACUUUCGUUCUUUCAGUCUUUAUCGCAAUUAUUCUUACCCACUUACUGUGUCAAAUGCAGGCGAACCCUCCUGGAGUUAAAUUCCUAGGGACCACAUUCAAGUACAAAAAGAGAAAUUAAAUUUUGUCGUUGCUUGUUUACGUUCUCCAUAAAACGCGAAAUUGGGCAUUUUCACGUCGUAGUCGUGCAAAAACGGGCAAAGAAAUGCACAAAAAAAGCGUGGUGCACGUGCAAAGUUGUCGUUUUGCUUAUAUAACCUAUUGUUUAUUUGACGUUCUCGUUGCCGUCCGCGUCGUUGGAUCUUAAAGUACCUAAUAGGGAGCUUUAGCAACGUCAACGGCGACGGCGACGGCAGCGAAAACGUUACUUUUAAAAUGAAUUCGUGUUUCUUCAUACUUUGUCGCGUUUAUUCCAAUUCGCUGAAAAUGUCAAAUGAAGGCCAAUUUUUCAGGAAUUGAUUUCUUGAACCGCACUCAAGUUUAGAAAGACAAAGAAAAAUUCGUCGUCGCCUGUUUACGUCCUUUAUAAAACGUGCAAUUAGGUAUUUUCACGACAAAAAAGCGUGAUGCACGUGCAAAGUUGUUGCUUGCUAAUAAAAGCUGUUACCUUUUGGACGUUCUCACUGCCGUCGCCCGUCGUCGUUGCUAAAGCUCCCUAUUAGAGAGGCUGUAAACCGUCGGCUUAAAUCCGGGCAAGUGGCAAAGCAAAGAAACCACGCGCUGUGAAAACCUUAAUCAGGGCAAAUGACUCUUAUCUCAAAGUCCUGUUGUUAACCAUUUCUUUUUAUUCAGUCCCUCUAGACUUGGAUGUCAAGUUCAAAGCCAUUUUAAUGGGAGCCUGUUUCCUUGUUGUAAGUAUUCAUGGCAUACUCGGUCCCUUUGACUGUAAGCAAGCCCUCUAUUUUGAGUGGCAAGGGAAGUAGUCCGCCAGAGAACGCGCGAGUGAGCGGCGUGUUACUUCUCGCACCCAAAUGGACAGUUUGCUUACAGGCUACGUUGCCCAAAGCAGUUAAACGUCCACUGAUGUAAAUGAAAAUCCCGCUCGCAUAUAUGGUAAAGGGUGCGUUCGAUUAACUUUAUUCUAAAAUAGUCGUUCUUGGUAGUUUGCAAUCACAUGACCAGGCGACCAUGUUGGUUGACAAAACAGUACAUUUUUUGUUCGUAGAAUUUGCACGAAAAAAGAAAUUUAUAGUUGCGAGCGAAGGGGAACGCUUUUGUUCAUGUCAACCAACCCGUUUUCAAAAAUAUCCGAUACAUAUGGACAUAGCAGGGCCUGACAUUUUGGGUUUGUACGUUUCACCAGUGGGGUUUAGAGUCGAAGAAACAUUUUUAGCGCUCCUGCUUGGGCCUAAUCCGCGAGACAGCCGUUUUUCGUGUCGUCACGCGACGCUCGAUCCUCUUGUGAGGAGGAGCGCUGCGUGACGACACUAUUAAAAAACGGCUGUGUUGCCGACUAGUUUGGGCCACUCACUACAUGAUCAUCAACUAAUUAUGCCCCAUUCACACCAAAGCUUAUAAAUGUUUUGUUAAACAGGGUUCAAAAUUGUCUCCUUAAUAAAAGCUGCUCACGGACUUUUAGCUAUUACAAAUUAUGUGCAAAUUACAGAGUAAGUUAAAAUUUAGUGAAUUAUUGUGUAAAUGUCUGAGUUCCAGUUGUCCAUCACUGCUUUUCAUUUUUUAAAACCUAGUUUAAUUAAACAGGUUUAGUUGGUGUGAAUGGGUUAUCCUACGGGUGAGGGGAUGGAGACGUAUGACAUUUCAGACUAAACAUUGUGUAUUUUUAUUUUUUUUUUGUUUGUUUGUUUCUCAGGAUUUCAUGUUCUUUGAACAUCAGAACAACAACAAUUGAUACUCAGUCGAUGCGGUUGCAAAUCAGUUAACCUUUGGAAGUGGAUAUGUCGUGGUAGCUUUAUACUCAUUUCAUUUAUUUACAUUGUAUGCUACAGCGCGUGCUCAACCCUAGGAACGAUUAUUGUAUUUAAUUAUUGUAUUUAAUUAUUCUAUUUUAAUAAGCGCGCCUCAAAUGCGACGCUUUUUCGAAUAAUACGGUAUCUUACGCUACUGUAGUUAAGGCUAUACAGGGAACCUUCCCUUCAUCAAAUAACUUACAAGACGAUUAUUUUUGUACAAUUUUUGAUGCGAUUUUGCAUCGCUUAUGCAACCUAACGGCGAUUUUAUUGCCAUUUUUCAUUCUGGCCCCGGUCGUUGAAACGUUGGAUAGUGCUGUCCACUUGAAAUUUAUCGAGGUGGAUAGCGUCAUCCACCUUUGGAACAACUGGGGUCUGGAACCAAUAUCCAGACAACCCUUGGAGGCUUGACCCGCAACCUCGCAGGGAAAAACUUGCGAUCGAGGCUAGACAGGUAAAACAAAGCUACUUUAGUCUCUCGAGACAAAAUGGCCGCCGUGUGACGAAGGCCCGUAGUGGUAAUCACGUGACCGUCUGUACGUCCUAACGUCCGUUCACCCCUACAUGUAAGCCAGUGUCAAAUGUCACAAUUACUACAAGCACUAUACUAAGGGCGGGCAGUGUAGGAGCUGCUCGUAAAGUCUGUCCUAAUUGGUCGCGGGAAACAUUGACAUGUCAUUCUUCCAAUUGUUUUAGUAUUGUCUGGGGUCAGAGAAACGCACCAUUGGUGACUUUUCCGAGCAGCUGCUACGUGACACCGGGUAAGGCAUGGCAGGAGCCCAGGGAAAAUGACAAAAGCCUGUCAGUUAUAUACGCCAUCCAAAUGAAGAUGAACUGACAGCCGUCAAAGCCGAGUCUUUUUUUUUUCGUCUAAGACGUGUAACUAGGACGUUUCACGUUUUAGCCGUGCAAACUUAUGACAAAGAAGUGUACAAAGUUGUUUUUUUUGCUAAUAAGAUCUAUCGUUUUGUUGUUUUUCUUUUACCGUUCUCGUUACCGUGUCGCUCUUUAGAUUUUUUGUUUCUGUAAACUAUAAGUAUAUUAACGAGAGCUUCGCUUUUAGCCCUGGCUAAACGUAUAAAGUAGAAAUAAAUACUUUUAAAUCCUUAAAUAUUACAAAUAUCUAGUGCAUACUCUCAUACCACUUGUAAUAAUGUGAUGUCGAAAAAAUGAAUUAAAUUGAAGCCUGUUUUCCAUAAAUGCCGUUUUUGAGUUAGAAGUUAACAGCUGCCGAAAGCUAGUCAGAAUUUUUGCUUGUCUUUUAUCAGGAGGUUAAAUUGUUCUACAGUACAGCCAUGCGGUAGCAGUAUUUAUAUUUAUAGUAAUUGGUACCUGGCAAGAGACUGCAACGCACAUAUAUACGCCCGUGCGUACAGCUGAAAUCUCAAAAAAUAUAUUUUUCCUGAAAGCGUUUUUAUCAUUUAUCGGAAUGACUGAUUUUCCACAUUAUAUUGGUAUCUUUGCUCGCCUGAUGGGUAGACGUCUCGCCCCCAGUGCUUGUAGCCUCUUCCUUGGCUUCACUGUUUCACUCUUUUUGCCAUAAACACUUUACCUUACCGAUUACAAUAGAGAUGGGUAAACUAAACAAACAACUGUUGCGUGUUCCGUCAUUUUCGAGCCCCUAAAUUUAAUGAAUUUCAAAGGACGUAUGCCUCCAAACCUUCCUAGUUUGCAGCGCCUUCGGGGUCUACCUUUUCUUCCUCUCUUCUUCACGCUGCUGCAAUGUAUAAAUUUGGUAGAAAGGUAAUCAAGCGUAAGGUAAUUUGUAAAGGUAAUAGCAUGAUUUGUCGUGAUAUUUGGCGUAAAUACCACGAGUGAUAUUUCGAAAUUGUUAUAGGUAAUUUCACGAGCCUUUAGGCGAGUGAGAUUUCAGACAAUUUUGAAAUAUUACGGGUGGUAUUUAUGCCAAAUAUCACGUACAAAUCAUGCUAUUAUUUGUUUAUACUACUACCCGCAAAAGGUUUGUAAUUUUCACAUCUAAGUAUUUCAAAUUAAGCUGAGCCACUGCUCUAAGCCAAUCAAAUUGCAGAAAUUUCUCAUGUAGUAGUAUAAAAAGAGUUAUACGCCAUCUCUGCCAUAUCAAUGGGCCACUUCCGAGUUCAAAAAACCCUCACUUUUAAAAUGAGGCCAAGUGCACAACCUUUUUUGUGAAAAUAAUUUUUAUUUGCACAAGAAUGAAAAAUCAUUUUCAUAUCAAAGGCUGAGCACUUAACCUCGUUUUGAUACAGCGGCUCGGGAGAACUCGGAAAUGGCCUACUAGGCGCUGGGUUUCAAUUUUUUUUUUCACCCCAAGCCAGUUUUAAGAGCGAAUGUCUGUAAAAAUCGAUCAGGAAGGGGGGAUAUAAUUUUAAAAAAAAAUCCCCCCAAAUUCUAUAAUUUAACAGACGGCGAUUACAGCAGGCUCUCAACGACCCGGUCAGCUGAUUGUAAUGUAUGCCUAAACCCUACAAAGACCAAGAUCAUGCUGUUCUCAACUCAAUCAAUCAAUCAAUCAAUCAGUCAAUCAAUAUAGUAAUUUUUUUUCAUUAUUUUUGUCAUGCGUUUCAUACAUGAGCCCCCGCGUCGGCUCGGAUUCUGAGGGCUCAAUCCCACGCAAUUGAUUGAUUGAUUGAUUGAUUAAAAUACUGUAUAAAUUUUAGUUUCAUCGGAUUAAGUAUUUUAUUGUUGCCAAAUACGGUGAGUGUCAAGUGCAGGCGAUUUACGACCGUUUGCAAGACCGCUUUUUUGGACCCCAGAUAGACCAGGCUAUGAAAAGAAAAGACCUUGAUUUCGAUCAUUUAACCCCCGGGAGAAAGCUUCUUACCGGAAUAUGUCGUGGGCCGUGGGCAUGCAGGGGUUGUUGGUCGUGGGUGGUGGGUCGUGAUGUCUUGGGUAAAACAAAAAUGUAUAGAAGGAAAAAUAAAUAAAUAGAACAAAAAGAAACUGUGCAAGUUUUCAAGGAACCUCAAGCAAGAAGCAAGUAAAAGCCGAGCAAGCAAGUUAAGCACCUCAUAUUAGUACGGCAAGCACCUGUCACAUCCACGCAGUGUAUUCCGGAUUCCAGGUACUGCCUCCAGGUGUUUGUCAGUGGAACUUGGAUUCCGGAUGUCAAUCGUUAGUGAGAUUCCGGAUGCCUAGCGCCGUAUUCUGGAUUCCAGGGUUUUCGAUUCCACAAGCAAAAAUUUCCCGGAUUCCGGAAGUGAAGGUACACACAUCAUAUACGAAGUGGGUGAAUUACAAAAUAAUGCCGCUGUCCUUGCCUAGUCCCUGUACGGCGUUUUCCCAGUCCCUCUCGGUCAAUUCGUUUCGGUGAGGCGAACGGGCGGGAAACGCCUAGACAAAAACAGAAUGCACAUGCGUGCGUUACUUUUUGAGAUUCAAAGAUGACGUUAAUGUUGUGAGCAGCAAGCAAGCAGGCAGGUAGGAUCGACUUUUGCCGACCGGCUUUGAAAAGUCAUCAGAAUGUUAGUCAUAGUCCUAUGAAGAUUUAUACUGCUCCUUCAAUCUCAUCAUUCCAACUGAGCUAUCGGAGUUUGCCGCUCGCUAAUUUUCAAAGUAAACAUAAUAUUGACCCGUGUGAUGUAAACUUAGACCUCAAAUCUUGAAUAAUUAGAAAAACCAUACUAUCAAAUAAAAUUCAUUAGCUGCGUAUCAAAAAGUGCCCAGAAACUGAAUCUAAAAGUAAAAAUCCUAUAAAAUUCGCCGACAUUCACAGAAGUGAUGCGUGUAUUAUAAAUGUGAGAAGCAUUAAAUUCAACUUGCAUUCGUUGUCUUAGGAUCGUGUUUUGAGCAAAUGGAUGGACCACGUGACCCGAAACCCUUUGGCCGCGAGGAAAAAUGAGGCCUAGGGACUAGGCAACCGCUGUCCAUGAAGGCACGACAACUGGCGCGAGAGGCGGGACGCGCGAGAAAACAAUGCGAUCACAGAAAGCGCUUGGUCAAGGACUGUUAAGCUCGCUGCAUUUCUAGUACAAAAAUGGCUCAGCCACAAAAGCCUGUCCAGCAGCAACCAGGUAUAUCUGCUUAAAUCGCAUUUUUUAACUCAUAAAACUACUUUUAACGGGAAAAACGGAAAUACCCAAGACUGGCGAAAUAAAUGCGAAUUUCGCGGAAGGCUCGCAUGCAGACUGCGCCACUUCACGCUGUUGAUUUCAGGGUAUUUAGAGCUAAAUCAUCAAUAUACUGGAGAGUUUGAUACCAAAACCCUUGAGUUAAGAGAUAAAUCGUUUUAAUUAUGUAUAGGAUCAUUGAUCACAAGUCUAGAACGUGCAGGAAUCAUACUCACCUAUUUUGAUAACAUUCGGCAUGCAUUUCAGGGCAUUUGCAUCCGAGUUUUAUGUCUCUGCAGGUGUUGCGACCAGAGUAAUUCUACGCAGUAAAACAAGCAAAAUUAAAACGGGGAUGUUACACACUAAAAGGCUCUGCUUUUCGACUGACACUCACUGUUGUCAAUAUUAGAUAGCUGAUUACGAAAGUUAAUGUUGUUUACAGACUUCGUAAGGUUCCCUCGCUGAAUUAUUAUUCAAAUGCUCUGAAGCGGAAUUUUUAAGUUAUGUUAAUAUUUAUGCCUUUUCCCUCGCCUUGCUUUUUUGUGGCAGGAGAUAUUAACCUACCGUAACAAAUUAAUGUUCUUUAAAAAUAUUUGCUUCAAGUCCUAAAACAUAUUAGUUAAUGAUUUCCUGUAAUUAUUUUAUUCCUGUAUCAAACACAGCUGUUAUAACUGCCUGAAAGGAUCUUAAGAGUUUGCAGAAUUAGCAGAAUUUAUAUGGCUAUAAGUUGCAGUAAACCCCUUUAGCUUCUAUGUUUUGCUUUCGCAAUGUAGGUUAUGUGAUAAUAAUAUUACUCCAGAAUUCGUCGUGACAGCAUUUGUUUGCAUUAGUUAUAAAAAGACUGAAGGGGUAAAUUCUCCCGAGACUGUCUCUGGGAACACAAAACAUACAAGAUGACGAGGUCUAUCACAGGGAUAUACCUAAAAUACCCACCUUUAGACAACUGUAAAAAUUAACAAAAUUAUGAGAGCAAAUUAAUAUAAUUAAAUAGAUCUAAUCAUGAUUUUGGAAGCCAUCUUGUCGGGUGUUAAUAUGAGAAUCUAAUGUCAAAUUAUUUUUGUAGAAAAGCUGUUCUGCAGUUUUUCCUGGGAAAUUUUAGUGAGCAGGAAAAAAACAAUUGCAGACAUUAAUGAAUGGGAAAUUUCAUAAAGUGGUUCUAGCACAGAUAAGGCUCUCAAUUUUUUUCAGUAGAAUCUUUAGGAGUGAAGCUUUAGUUUACAAUAAUUAUUCAUAUUAUUUUUCAGUUGAGCCGUUUUAUGUUAAUUAUUUGACAUUAGAUUCUCGUACAAACGCUAUAAUUUCUUAUGCAGUUGCCCACCCAUCAAGCUGCCUUCCAAAAACAUGAUAAGGUCUGUUGAAACCUUGCUAUAGUUCUGGAAAAGAUGAUUAUUUUAGUCAGACACAUGUGUGACUGUUCUUCUGUUGGGAGCCAGUUGUAACAGCCCGGAAACUGCUUUCACUCAUUAUAGUUCUUGAAAUUAGCCUUUACUUUUGGCUAUUUGACAAUAUAGUUGUUUUCAGAGAAUUAUGCUCUUUUCUUUAACCCUUAUCAAUUUAAUGGCCAAAGUGAUUUAUUACUGAUAAUUCACAAACAUUCCAAAGUUCUUUUGUAAACCCCCAUGGGGUCUGUUUAAAAUUUCUGCCCAGAAGUUUUCAAUUGGUAAGAUCACAGGAUCACCCACAGCUUUAGUUUCAAGAGAAAAAUAACUUUGCCAACCAAAACCCCUUUGUCAGGCUGAUCUGAUGAAGUGCAGAUCUGCAAAAACAAUAUUAGUAUCACAUUUACUGUCUUUUCAUGUCAGACUAUUACAUUAGUUUGAUGCCAGACUUGACACUGAAUGAUCUGCACAAUCCUCUUGUAAAAACAAUAUUAAAACACCUCAGGAAAAGGGCUGCUAUAUAAAGGCUACAUAAAGCUUUAGUUAAAUACCAGCUCACUACAGUGAAUUGAAAAAGGAAGCAAUUAAUUAAUAGUAAUGGUGUAAUUAAUUGAUAAAGAAUAAUAAUUGAUUACAUGUAAUUACAAAUCCUGCUUCAGCCAAAAAUUUUUUGGGCUAGUUAAAAUGAAUUUCGGAAUAGUACAUGCGUGCCACCAAGGUUUUAGCCAAAAGGGUGUCCAGUCAUCCUAUGGAUGCCCGUUUUUGAAGAAAUACAGUGAAAAUUCACUUGAUCUCUUAUAAUUUUAUGGGAAAACAUGCCUUCUGUAUGGCCAGCUUUCAAAGUCUGGCUAAAAGCCUGCUUGCCACAGCUUUCCCAUAACAAGCUGUAAUAAAAUCUGACUUUCUUUGCACCCUUAGGGUGCAUUUUAUAUUCCUUUGAGAUGAUCCGGAUCAGGAUCAGUGAUCCGAGAUAAAACUCAGAUCAUUGUUGAUCAAAUGAACCGACAAAUCCUUGUACAGAGUGGAUUCAUCGCUUCAUUGAUCUACCAUUGAUCCAAGGGAUCUCGGAUCACUGAUCCUGAUCCGGAUCAUCCCAAAGGAAUGCACCCUUAAUGCCUCACUAGAAGUCACUUACCUCAAUAUAACGAGGGACUGGCAAAACAGUUCGCUAUAAUAAGAUUUCAUUAUAUCAAGGUUCUUUUCCAUAAAUUUUACUAUUCAUGGGGUAAAAAAAAAAACAGUUCAUUAUACCAAGGACUUUGUUAUACAUGUAUAGUCAUAGUUCAAUAAGCACAAGGAAUGUUCCGCAGGGGUGUAUCCAGAACUGUUACAUACAGUGGAACCUGGAACCCCUACACAUGUAUAUAACGAACCUCUAUACAUCUAUAACAAAGUCGUUGGUAUAACAAACUAUUUUUUUUUUUUACCCCAUGAAUAGUUAGCACAUGGAAAAGAACCUCGAUAUAAUGAAACCUUAUUAUAGCAAAAAAGCCAGUGAUUUACAAUUAAAUUAUUAAACAAAUUAUUUUGUAAUAACUCUAACUUAUUGUGGUGCAGGUGCUCCUGGUCAAUUGAUGAAUUGGAUGCCGGCUCCUCAGGCACCAAUGGGUUGCCCUCCUGGACUGGAGUAUUUAUCUGCCAUUGAUCAAGUGCUUGUGCAACAACAAAUUGAGCUUUUAGAAGGUAUUCCUCUUACUUACAGCUUACAUUCAUUAGUGCUCAGUUAUACGCAUGUGUUUAAAAUGAUAUUUUAGAUGAACUGGAAUUAACCUUUAAAUCUCUUUUGAAACAAAGGUCCAUAGAUGUGACCAGAAAAAUGAACUUUUUGGAUGUAUUUUUGCUCAAAACCAAAGUACAAACUACAGGAAAAAUAAGUGCGGGAAAAGUUUAUUCCUUUAGUUGAUGAUCCCUUACAUGGAAGUGGCAAAUUCAGCUGCUUAUAUUAUUUGGAGAAAGUAAAUAUUAAUAUUGUGAGAGUGUGUGUUCACUUUAUAGCAAAGUUUGUAAAAGCAUUAUAUUGUUUGUACAUGUCAUGUACAAUGUACCAUAUCAAUGUUCAAACAUUUUGACUGUGGGUUAUUUUGGGAAAUUGUGAGCAUGCACAGAAUUUGCAUAGAUCUGUACAUGCAUUUAUCAAUUAUGUAAUUACAGGCCGGUGCAUGUUUGUUUUAUAAAACUUUCACAGGUAGAAGAUCCAUAUUAAAGGCAAUUUUGUUCCAUCAGAAUAAACAUGUACAGCACCUUUUAUAGGCUAUUUCUCAGUGGCAAUAGUAAGAAUAGGAAAAAAUAAUAAAUUGUUACUGGUUGCUCAUAAAAAUAUAUUGACUUAGGAUUAUGGAAGGUGAAGUCAGAGGAGGUUUACAGGGGCCUUAAAAUAUUAAAUUUCGGCUUGUUUGCCCAGGGCAGAUGUUGAUACCCAUGCAUUGGUAAGGAAAAGGAAAGGAAAGUGGGAAAAUCAGACAGCAUCCUGACAUCAAUUUUUUUAAUGUAUCCCUGUUGACCUUUAAUACAGAACAGUGUAACUUAAUUACAAACAAUAGACUUCUUCAAGUCAAGAUGCAGCAAAACUGACGUUAAGCCCCCUUAAACCUUUUUACUAAAAAUACAGCAUGAGCAGUUGGAGGUAAAAGAGCUGCAAAAUGCUCAAGACCACCCACCCAUUGAGCUGUACAAUUAAAAUUCUUUGUGAUUCUGACACAUGUAUGACCUUUAUCUUCAAAGCUUUUACUGGAUUUGAAACCAACAACAAGUACAAGAUAUGUAAUUCCAUGGGUCAACAAGUGUACUUUGCUGCUGAAGGUAUCUUAAAUAAGUCAAACAAUUCACCUCUUUAAUGAUGUUGUAAGGAAAACUGAAAUUCAGGUUACAGUCAGUGGUUUCAAACCAAGGCUGAUUCUCAGUUCCUUUGACUCACUGUUCUAAUAUAUUUAUGAUCAUGUUUAAUUACUAUAGUUAAUAAUCAACUUAACAUAGAGCAUUGAUAUUUAAUGUAAUAAUUAUAUAUUGUAAUAAGGGACACAAUUAGAGUGUAUGAAAUACCAUAGCUUACAGAUUUUAGCCGAAUGAUGCUAGAGUAAUUCUCAUACAAAUUUUUAAUUUAUUAGUCUAGUUUGUCAUAUGGGAAGAUCAACGUUUGUCCCGGAGACAAUCUUCAGACGUUCAAGCCAUCUGAAGCAAACGGAUAGAAUGGGAUGGACAAUCCAAACUCAUUCAGAAAAACUUAACUGAGCCAGGCAUCAAACUUUUCAUGAACCUAGCUCACAAAGUUUGGUUCAUCUCAAGAAAAGUUCAACGUUUGGCCCAAGGCCUUAAUAGUUGUUAACUGCAUAAUGAAAAAAUCAAUUAUGCUUACCUAUCUUCAGACACUGACUGCUGUACUCGGCAAUGUUGUGGCCCUGGUCGUCCAUUUGAGAUGAAAAUUUUAGACAACAUGCAAAGAGAAGUAAUACACUUGUCGCGACCCCUCCGGUGCCAGUGCUGCUGUUGUCCUUGCUGUCUUCAGGAAAUAGAAGUCCAGUCUCCUCCAGGGACAGUUGUUGGAUAUGUGGAACAAAAGUAAGCUCCUUUUACUGAGAUCUUAAGUCUGAUUCGAAAAGCAAAGAUGGACAUCUAUUUCAAAUGUGUAGUUUUGGAAAAUAUCUCCCCCCGCCCUUGUGUAGGGCACUUUUGUUUUGGUGCUUCAAUCCAACCUGGAAUUUUCAUUUCAGCAGGUGAAUGUUGUACCCCCUCCCCCUCACACCCUGGAAAGUCCGUUAUUUUUUCACCUGGUUGGUUACCCUUGAAAGACCAUUUUGCUGAAAAUGCUGUUGCAUUAUACUUCUAUACAAAAUUAAGAUGCCCAAUAUGCAAAAACUGCACUUAAAAAUUGAGUGAAUAGAAUCGUACGCUUCAAAAAACUGCAUGUUGGAGUUGAGCUUCAGAAAGUGGCUAUACUAUGUUGAAAUUCUGCACAAACCUUGUGUAAGGUAUAGCUUAGCAUUUUUUUAUAAUUAUUUCUUAAACAGGUGGACAUUGUGGAAAGCAAAGUUAGAAGUGCAGGAUGCACAGCGUCAGCAUAUUAUGACGAUCGAUGGACCUUGCUGUCCUUGCAGCUGUGGCUCUGAUGUGGAAUUUCCUGUGAGUUGUUAGGUUAAAGGAACAAAAAUUCUCCAAACUGAUCAUCAGACAUUUUCUUAUAGAAUUACUGGAGAGAAUUUGAUAAAAAAAAAUCAAACCAAUUUCUCUAUUUCCUUUUUUCUUUUUCUUGAUUAUGUGUCUAUAUAUAUUGCUGGAAGGAAAAUUGGUGGAUAAAUUUAGGUUUCAGGGAAACUUCCCACCUACCCCUCCCCAAUCCAUCAUUUUGCCGUAAGUGAGAAGUAAGUGUUAAUUUAGUUUAGGGAAGGGGUAGGUGGGCAGUUUCCCGGAAACCUAACUUGAUCCAAAUUGGUCACUCUUGGGACUUCAGAAGGGUAAGGCUGCGGUGUCAUCUGAAAAUAAUAUUUUGUCUCAAAUAUUUUUUAGCCUUUGGCAUAGUACAUGUAUCUGGAAAAACCAGGAGACAGAAUUCAAUAUUAAGUCAACACACGAUAAUCUGUGAUUUCUUCUAGUUUACUGGAGCACAAAGUUUCGAUGUUUCCUACAUUGCGUUUAUUAACGUAUUCAUCUUACUCUAGGUCACUUCUGCUGAUGGCAGCAGUCAGAUUGGAAUGAUUUCCAAGCAAUGGACUGGUUUUGCACGAGAAUUUUUUACUGAUGCUGAGAACUUUGGCAUUCGAUGUAAGAAAUGCUAACUUAUAAAUUAUAUAAAAAAACUACUGCAGCGUAACUGUUUUUGUCCUGUAAAUAAUUAGUUCAAUCAGUAUCAGGUCUUUGUACCCAAAUCGCUUCUGUCAGUGUAGAGCUCAAGGGGUCAGAGGGUAGGAGGAGAGAACCCACCCCUGUAACCCUUACGCGCUUGUCACGUUCGAGUUUUUUUUUGAGAAACUAAAGUAGCUGUCAACAGUCGACCUUUCAUCAUGAGGCCGAUAUCCUGGCUAACCAGGCAACAAACUUGCCAUUUACAUCAGGUCAAACACUGGUCAUGCGCACUUCUCUCAAUCUUUACUGCAAACAUGCACGGCUCUGGGCUGGAUCGCCAACCUCGCUCCCAGGGUUCUCUCCGUAGGCCGAGUAGCUAUUAAUCAAAAUUUUGUUCUGUUCAGUCCCCUUAGACUUGGAUGUCAAGUUCAAAGCCAUUUUAAUGGGCGCUUGUUUCCUUGUUGUAAGUACUGUUACUAAGAUACUGUCACUGUUAGGCACCCUUUUUCCCGUAGCAAGCGAGCAAGCUCUCGAUUUUUAAGUAGCAAGCGAAAUGAGCCGCGAAAGCGAGAGCAAGUGGCACAUGACUUCUUGCGGAAACCGGUCGUUUCGACACGAACUCUAGCAGUGAGACUGCAUGCACAAAAAUUUCGAUCACUUCAAGUAAAUUUUGCAAUUGAACAAGAAAAAACAUUUUGGGUGAGUGUUCUUCGUUCUUUAAAUAAGCCAAGUGCGUGAAACUAUUUACGCCUCGAAGGAAUUAACUUCACUUGUAUCGAAACGACCGGUAACCCUACUUGCGAUAUCCCCCAAAUUCUCAGAGACUUGUCUCGCAAGCUACCAUCUCAGACCCAACGCGCGCACGUGGAAUAAUUCUUAAUUGUUAAAAAGUGAAUCAUUGGAUAAUGCAAUUCUAGAGCUGUGAUUGGCCUGCCAUCAGGGUAUAUGAGCCAUUAUACCAUGCUCUCCAUAUACGGCAGGUGUAUGUGUCUGCUCAAAAUUAAAAACAAGCUGAAAAUCGCUUGUUUUUACAAAUUAAGUCGGAAAGUAAUCUCGGUAUUUUGUGGGCGUUUUUAAUCAAAUAAUUAUUCCACUUGAGCUUGUUGGAUAUGAGAUGAUUAUAGCCAACGAAGCGUGCAUCUCAUAUCCAACUCGCAUUCAAGGCUGACUGGCUAUCCUAACUGUUAUUCCUCGGUUUUACAAUUCAAAUUAAACCUCUUCAACAGUACUAAGCCUAGUCUGAGAAAACAGCAGACGUUUGGCGACGUGACCAAGGUGGUUCAUUUAUCGGGGAAAGCCUUGGUGGCGUCGCAAAAGUCGGUUGUUUUCUUUAGCUAAGCUAAGCCUGGCGUUUUUUUUUUUAAAGAAAACAUUGCAGAAAAAUUUUUUAAAAAAUCGGCGUUUUUAAAUGUAGUUUUGUGGUUUCUUUUUUUUCAGUCUUGGUAUUUUAUUUGUUAAUUGUAUUAAGUUUAGUUAAAGGGACAGGUUCACGGUUAAGCGCAUGCUCAUUAAUUAAAUUACUUCUUUCCAAUUUAUUAUUAAUUCUAUCCGUUAAUAAUCCCACUCACAUGUAUCUCAGCGAUCUCAGAGUGUAUUUCUUUGACAACAUUAUGACAUGAUCAUAUUGCUUGCAUAGACGAUACAGCAUGUCACGCAGAGAAACAGCAUUUUAAUAAAUGAGCAUGUGCUGAGCCAUGAACGUGUCCCUCUAAUACUUUUUGUUGCGAUAAUAAACGUGACACGAUGAUCCAGUAACUUGAGUCCAGGCCAUUCUGAUUUUCCUCUCGGGAUCAUUUGCGGUCGACAAUGGGGAUCACUUGCGGUCGAGGAUCAUCAUUUGCGGUCCACUCUGGGGAUCAUUUACGGUGGGGGAUCAUUUGCGGUAAUUUACAGUAGCGUGAAAGGGGAAGGAAUCAACUGCAGUCGUGGGUAAUUGUCACUUUUGACAUGUUCUCCCCCUGUUGAACUAAGUUGUCUUUCGUUGUAAUUCUCUUUUUGCACUAUUUUUUUUUCAGGAUUUUAUGUUCUUUGAACACAACAACUGAUUCCCAGUUAACGCUCGCACACACCAGUUCACCUGUAGAAGAGAUACCUUGAGAUAUUUACUGGAACUACUAUGAAGUCGAGGCUCAUGUGGGAAUCUUCCCAUCAUGCAAGCGUUACCAGGCAAUUUUCUCUUGCGAUUUUGGGUGCGAUUUCGAAUUGCCUUGCUAAAGAAGCGCCAAUUUUAAGGCGACUUUAUUGCAAUUUUCAAUAAUCUUGAACCAACAGACCUUGUCACGGUUUUCGACGCCAUCUUGACGAGUAGGCAAACGCGUG